AUGCCUGGACUCAUUAACAAGGAGAACCGUAGCGCUCUGCCGCUCAGUGUAUCUGACAUCACCUCUUGUGUCAGGGGUUACACUCUGGCUCUGACCGCUUCUAUGACCUACGAAAAUAUGGAUGACCAUGCAAUCGAGGGGAUCUUCAUUUAUCCGAUGGAGGAAAAUUCCAUUGUUGUAGGGUUUGAGGCUAUGAUAUCCAGUCAAAUCAUAACCCUACAAAUCAAAGACAAGGCAAAAAUUGAUGACUGUUACCUGGAUUGCUGCAAUACAUCUAAUGGAGCUCUUCAGAGUGGCAGUGGACACAUAGUGAUGGAUGAGGAUUUUGAGAGAAAAGUGUUGGUGGUUUAUCUUGGGAUCAUCCCUCCAAUGGAGACAGUCCAUAUUCUGGUCAGUACCUCCUCUGAACUCUCCACUUUGCCCAGUGGAGGCAUCAAGGUCUCAUCCCCACCAGUGUGCACACCUCGGGUACAGAGAACCAUCAACGAGGAGCAUGGACUGUCCCCAAACUUCUCCAGAACGCGGGAAAGACACAACUAUGCGUCGAGUCCACACGAUCCAACUCCCAACUCCCCUCAGCUGUGGUUGGCUUCACUGCUGGAGGAGGAGGCCAUCAACUCAAUGGACUAUGAGUUUAACUUCCAACUGGAGAUACGGGCUCCCUAUCUCCUUGCAGGUGUUGAGAGCCCUUCUCAUGCCAUCAGAGCUGAUGCAGACCCUCUGGCCCGCUCUGCCACCAGUGUUGUUAUCACUCUGGCUGACAAGUACACUUACGACUACCCUGUCAAAAUCCUCAUCUACCCCAGCGAGCCUCAUCUGCCACAUGUGCUCAUUGAGAAUGGCGACAUGACACAGGAGGAGUAUGAUGAGUAUCUUCAUGGCCGGAGUGAUUUCAUCAAGGCUACCAAGAAGGACUCAAGCAAUGAGAGGAAAGUAGAUAUAAUUCACAAGCGACUCCAUAAGGACAUCCUCCACAACCCUGUGGUCAUGCUGAACUUCUGUCCUGACCUCAAAUCUAUCUGCUCAGAUCUGAGGAAGGUUCACGGUGAAUUCAUCUUCCUCAUUGACCGCAGCGGCAGCAUGAGCGGUGUUAACAUCAACCGUGUGAAGGAUGCCAUGGUGGUUAUACUCAAGAGCCUGGUGCCUGGCUGCCUUUUCAACAUCAUUGGCUUCGGAUCUACUUUUAAAUCGCUCUUCACAACCAGCCAGAACUAUGAAGAGGAGGCCCUAGCCCUGGCUUGUGAGUAUGUCAGAAAGAUCAGAGCUGACAUGGGGGGGACCAACAUUCUGGCACCGCUCACCUGGAUCCUGAGGCAGCCGGUGUUCAGUGGACACCCCCGCCUGCUGUUUCUGCUCACAGACGGGGCCGUCAACAACACAGGCAAAGUUAUUGAGCUGGUUCGCAGCCAUGCACGCUACAUCAGAUGUUUCACGUUCGGCAUAGGACACAAUGCUUGCAGGAGGCUGGUGCAGGGAAUGGCGACAGUUUCCAAAGGAACAGCAGAGUUUCUGGUCGACGGAGAGAGGCUGCAGCCCAAGAUGAUAAAGUCCCUGAAGAAAACCAUGUCUCCCGUACUCAGCGACAUCUCCAUUGAAUGGCUCUUUCCUGAAACCAAAGAAGUGCUGCUCUCCCCUGUGGGCAACACCUUCCUGUUUCCAGGGGACAACCUCAUCGGUUACAGUGUGGUUUGCGACGCCACCCGGUACCACACCAACCCCAAAUCUGAUAAGAGGAGGCGAUACAGCAUGAUGCGCUCCAUUGAGUCCGCCAGCUCAGUGUUUUACCACUCUCAAGAAGAGGACUUGCUGAAAUCUGGCAUCGACAGUCAGGGCUCCCACAGGGAAACACCUUCUGGCACUCUGUACGACUCCUACCAGGACUCCGUGACAGACAGCAGUCCUCUCCCCACAGAGCCUGACACCAUGGGUUUUGAUAAGACAUCACCAAGAAGGCGUGCGUACAGUACCAACCAGAUCACAGACUACAACCCAGCCAAGAAGGUCUACACUCCCAGUGACCCCAGCUCCGUGAUGACAAAGAAUCCACUGAGGAGAGCCAAAGUUCAGGAACUGAUCGGCCAGAUGAGCCCUGAACACGAGGUGCAGUGGAAGAAUGACUACCAACCACAGCUGGCAAGCCUGAGCGCCACAUCGUCCAGAGGGCGUGCUGGCAGCUGUCACAGGUCCCUACCUCAGCAGGAGCCGCCUUUGCAGCAGGAUGCCAAUUCCGACGUUCAUUUUCAUUCGCAACCGCAGGACAAUCCUCCGCCAGGCGGCAACAGCGUCUCGCCCAUGACUUCCAACGCUCCUGGCGAAGAUGGAUCCAGGUCAUCCACAGACAGCCCAUCUGUUGGCAGCGUCGGGGACACAGAUGGCUAUGGACACCAAUUAUGUCAAGCAGAAACGCCGCAGGAGACCCUAAUUUCAGAUCUGGGUGCUGCCAGCCAGCACAACGGGGACUGCAAGGCUGUGGUUUCUGGACUGCUGUGCGGGAAACCGAUGAAGUGGGAGGUGGUCUUUGAUAUCAAGCCCUUCCUAAAUGGCCGGGAACGUGAGGAAAAGGUUCAUGAGGAGCUUUGGAACGAGACCUUCCACCACCUGGCUGGACGCUCCAUCAUACAGGACUUCGAGCACAUGGCGGAUAAGGAGUGUGAGAUUGAACACGGGUCUGGCAGGAAAUACCAGUUAUAUGCUAUUCACACCAGCAAAGCCUGCAAUAUACUGAGCAAAUACACAGCCUUUGUCCCCAUCGACCUGGACACUAAUGAGUAUUUGCAGACACAUAUUGACUACAUAAACCCUGGUGAAGGUCUGAAGAAAGGCUCACACUCCAGCUCUCGAUCAGGGAGCAGGAAGAACAAAGGCUACUCCAUUGGACUAGGUCGCUCUCAGUCUGGUGGCAUGUCGGAGGAAACAGAAGAUGUCCUGAUACCCAACAGUGCAGAAGAUGCUGCCUCUCCAUGCAGCACACCCUCCUCCUCUGGCUGGGAGAGGUGCAGCUUCACAGAGGUCUACCAAAGGAGUCCAUCUGUGACCUCUGACCAAUCACAGAAGUCUGUGGAGAGUCUUUUUUCUGCUAGGUUGGCCCUCAGCAGGACUCGUCUCCUGACUCGAGCUGCCAAAGGAUUCAUGUGUCGAUCUCACAGCAAGUCGGGUGAUUCAAUUGGAGAGAGUGACAACGAGAACAAAGACUACAUUCCUCUGGUCAUGUUGCAGUUAGCUAGUGGGGCAUUUCCCCUGGAUGCAGCCCUCUGUGAUGCCAUCAGUGUACCCAUGGACAAGUUAAAGUGGACGUCCCCCUUCACCAGCCACCGCACCAGCCUGGGCCACCUGUCUCACUCCAGCAGCCGCCGCACAGAGAGUGCCGAUGGCGGCUCCAGAUCGCCGUUUGAGCCAGAAACAUUUCAGCAACCUGCAGAGCACACUGCAGACGUCUACAGCCCUUCUCAUCUGUCCAGGAGCGCCUGGGCGGAUACUGGCCCCUCAUCGUUAGCCAGUCCAUCCCCCGCUGCCGAGCCCCCGCUCUCCCCACACUCCCACACGGACAGUUCGCGCAGCUCUGGGUCAGGGGGCUCGGAAACGGCAUCGCCUGGCGGAGUGCUAAAGAGGAUGCUGGAUCCAGAAAGCAUGGUUUGGGCCACAGCAGUGGCCCUCGCCUGGCUGGAGCACAGCUCUGCCAGCUACUUCAUAGAGUGGGAACUGGUCGCCGCCAAAGCCAGCAUGUGGCUGAGUGCGCAGGACAUCCCAGAAGGCCGAGAUCUAGCCUCCAUCAAGGCUGCUGCCAAUCAGCUCUUCAUCAUCCUCAGACACUGGGAUGAAAAUCUGCAACUGAACAUGCUGUGUUAUAACCCUAACAGUGUCUGA